GUUGUUUCCCACACCUCUGCACCUCGUUACCUGACCGGCUUCAGGAUCCGCAGCGUGCACCCGCAUUCGAUUCCAAGCUCCUCCCAGCAAGCUUUCCUUGCAACUUGAGAAAGGCUUAGAUGUCAAGAAGAAACUCAGUCACAACCAUAGCUAUUUGCAGGAACAAAUAUGGUGGGUCAGACCUGCUUCUUGACAGACAGCCAGGAUUCACAGAAAACUGGAGGCCAUGAUCUGUGCUAUGACUCUCCUGUAGGAGCCUGCCAAAAUUUCCAAAAGGAUCUCUACCUGCCACCAACACUUCUAUCAAAGAGCAUAGAGUUUUCAGAGAAGACAACUCAUAGCCUCAGGUAAUCGUCAAUGACAAAGUGUUACAGUUUUGCCCAUCAACUCCCAUCAUGUUACGUGAAGAUGGUGCAAGUGUGGUGGGAUGUCUCCCUGACCUCAAUGUGUGUCUGUGAUUGACGGUGAUGUCCACACUCCCUGUUACUGAGGAGCAACAGAAACUCCCCAUUUCUCUGUGACUGUGGUAUCCCAGAGCCUGCUAAGAGAAUGAUCUCUCCUCACGCCUUCCUCUACACAUGGUCAAUAAAACUUCACUAAAUUAUCCAGGAUCUGGUUCUCACUCUACUGGGGAAAACGACAAAGUGGCACAGACACACAAGUGAAACAGGCAGUGAGUCACAACACCACUGGAAUAUCUGAGAUGACAAAACAAACAACAUUCUCUAUAGCCCAUACUUUACGUCAAACACUCUGAACUAAAAUUCUUCUUUCAUUUUAGAUGACUCAUUGCAGUGAAAUGUUAGGGAUCUGUUUACAACCACACAGGCUUUGAGGAGAGACUUUGUAAUUUGAGGAAAGUCAGGUGAAAUAUCUUAAUUCUUCGCUCAUCCUAAGAAUGUUUCUUGUGUCUUGAAACUGCCUGGAAUUGUGUGGGAUGCACUGGAGGAAUUGGAAGAAAAAUUUGAGAAUGUUUACAUCUAAAUUUUCAAUCCAAGCAAUAGUUAGAGAAUCACAGUUCAAUGAUUUCCUUUUAAGAAUCCAUUUUUUUUUUCAAAAUAAUUUUCUGAUUUUUCCAUUUUAUGUGGGAAGAAUCCUGAGAUUUCUCUUUGUAAACAAAUGGUCAUGGUUUAAGAUCAGAAAAUAAGUGGUUUAUUGGUGGAAUGGACACAAUUCAUGCACAUGGGCACUGUGAACAGAUUCUACUUUGCUGCUGUUACUGUUGGCAUUGCAGCACAGGCAACCUCCCCACACAUGUUGGCUUAAAUCAAUCAUUUAUUCUGAUUUCUCUGAGUUUUGAAGGUUUAGUGGACUCAUGUAGGUGAUAGAUUAUGCGGUGAGUGUCUCGAUUUUAGAAAGAUCUAUAGUCAGAGAUUUCAGAAGAUGCUUCACUCAUGCCCAACUCAACAUUAGGGUGGCUGAACACCUAGUGACUGGUUGUUUGUUUCCUUCCCUAUCUUAUCUCCACAUCAGUGCCUUGAAUUCCCUGAAUUCCUGAAAUCAGAAUCAAUGAUUGGCUUCCACCAAUGAAAAGCUUCCAAAAGUCUCAUGAAGAAGGUGCAAGGCCUUGUAGGCCUUAGCUUUGAAAGGUAGACAGUGUGAAUUCUAUGACAUUAUAUUGAUCAAGGUGUCAUGCAGAAAGCCCAAAUUAAGGAGAGGGAACGCUACAAGCUAUGGUUGUUUUGACUUGUCAUCAUCGUUGGGCCAUUUGUGGAAAUUAUUUCCACUUAGCCCCCACUGGCUCACUUGCCACAUCCCCAAAACACUUACCUUCUGAAAAACCACAGAAACCAAUACAAUACAAGAAUAGGCUCAGAGUGAAGUUCAAUAUUUUAUUAUUUAAAUCGGGACCUGGUGUUUAGAGGUGAGAACAAAUUAUCAGGUGCACUUUCUCUCAACAUGUUCCCUAAAGGGAUAAAUUAUCUGCCCUGAACAAAUCAAACACACAAUACUGAAACAGACAUAAUAAAAAUGCAAUGAUCGUAUCUAUUUUAUAGUGUAAACAGAAAAUAGACAGCAGUCAUUGGUUUACAUCAUUGCUGAAACCAGCCAGAUGCCUAAUUUCAUUUCUUCUGGGAAUGUUUUUCUCAGCAAUUGGCUCCACCCUCCGUUCUCAACUUCUCAGAAUUCCCACCAAGAUGGCAGAAUCACAGCCCUUUUCCCUCUACAAGAGCUGUGAUUAUCUUCUCUGUUGCACAUCUGGAGAACCACUUAGGAGAAACAACAUAUUACCUACAAACGAAAGAAUGCAAAUUGAAGAAGCUUCCAUCAAAUGGCCUCUCUUGACAGGGCUCAUCUCAGGUCUGCAAAGGACAAGAACUCUUCCUUUUUUAUGGCUACAUAGUAUUCCAUGCAAGGACCCACAGCUGGAGGUGAAUUUCUACACUGGGACGGAUGAGGACUCAGAUAUUGCUUUCCAAUUCCGACUGCACUUUGGUCAUCCUGCAGUCAUGAACAGUCGUGUGUUUGGCAUAUGGAGGUACGAGGAGAAAUGCUACUAUUUGCCCUUUGAAGAUGGCAAACCAUUUGAGCUGUGCAUCUAUGUGCGUCACAAAGAAUACAAGGUAAUGGUAAAUGGCCAACGCAUUUACAACUUUGCCCAUCGAUUCCCGCCAGCAUCUGUGAAGAUGCUGCAAGUGUUGAGAGAUAUCUCCCUGACCAGAGUGCUUAUCAGCGAUUGAGGGAGAUGAUCAGACUCCUCAUUGUUGAGGAAUCCCACUUUCUACCUGACCAUGGGAUUCCCAGAGCCUGCUAACAGAAUAAUCCCUACUCACCCUUUCCCCUACACUGGAUCAUUAAAACAGCACCAAACC